GGGCCGGGGCCCGCAGCGCCCCCUGGCGGAGCGCGGGAGCAGCCGUGUGUGAGACCCCCGGGACGGGGGGGCCGGGAACGGGGGGGAUCCCUAAAAACGGGGGAAUGCCCGGGAUCGGGGGGGGUAUCCCUGGGAACGGGGGCAUUCCCGGGAUCGGGGCUGUGCGGGAUAAAUGGCGGAUCCCUGGGAUCCGGGCUGUGCGGGACUCGGGGCUGGGGGCAUUGUGGGGUCGAUGGAGAAUCCCUUGGGACCAGACUGAGUGGGCGAGAAACGAGGGGGAUCCCCCGGGUCCGGUUUGGGGGAUCCCUGGGAUUCAGCGGAAUCGGGGCGGGGUGAACGUCCAGGGACCGGGAGCGCAUUCCCGGGGCUGCGGGGAUUCCGGUUGUGCCCCCGGGAUCCCCGGGGCCGGGGCUCACCCCGAGCCCGGUGCCGCAGGGGAUGCGCGGGGCGCUGCGGCUGGUGCGGUUCCGGGGGGCCGCGGGCGGGGGGCCCCGGCUCGGGCUGGAGGAGGCGCCCGGGGGGGACCUGGUGGAUCUGAGCGCGGCGGAGCCGGAGCUGCCCCGAUCCAUGCGGGAAUUCCUGGAGAUCGGCCCCCGCGGGCUGGCGCUCGCCCAGAGGGCGCUGCAGUCGGGGCAGCACCGCGUGUCCCGGGCGGCCGCACGGCUGCUGGCCCCCCUGGGGGACCCCCAGAAGGUGAUCUGCGUGGGGCUCAACUACCACGACCACUGCCGCGAGCAGAAUGCCAAGGUCCCCAGGGAGCCCCUCAUCUUCAGCAAGUUCCCCAGCGCCAUCGCGGGGCCCUUCGAUGACAUCGUGCACCCCCAGGACACCAGCGAGCUGGACUGGGAGGUGGAGCUGGCUGCCGUCAUCGGGAAGAGGGGGCGGCACAUCGAGGAGGCGGCGGCGAUGGAGCACGUGCUGGGCUUCACGGUGGCCAACGACGUGAGCGCCCGGGACUGGCAGAUGCGGCGCAACGGGCGGCAGUGGCUGCUGGGGAAAACCUUCGACACCUUCUGUCCCCUGGGGCCGGCCAUUGUCACCAGGGAGGCGGUGCCAGACGUGCACAACCUGUGGAUCCGCUGCAGCGUCAACGGGCAGCGCAUGCAGGACAGCAACACCCAGCACCUCAUCUUCGGGGUGCCCGCCCUCGUCUCCUGGGUGUCCCGGUUUGUGACACUGGUCCCUGGGGACAUCCUGCUGACGGGGACCCCUGCGGGAGUGGGGGUCUUUCGGAAACCGCCCGUUUUCCUUAAGCCCGGUGACGAGGUGCAGUGUGAGAUUGAGGAGCUGGGCACCAUCUGCAACAGGGUGGUGUGACGGUGGAGAGGUGCCCCAGGUCCCACCUCCCCCCCGGGUCAAUAAAUCCAAGAGCCAGUGGG